GGUGAAAGACCACAUUUCCAGCGUGUGCCUAUCUUUUUGCGCGUUGGUAGCAAGCGAGAUUGUAUAUCCGAUCUGGAAUUGCAUGUUGUCACAGUAGCCUGUUCUGCACUUUUAGACCGUCUCUCAAAAUACUCUGUACAAUUUUAUGUUUCGGGCAAUAGUUUCAGUCAUGGAUCCAUUUACUUAUGACUGCCCCUCGGAAGUUUUCGAGCGUGUUUCUGUCUUGUUGGGCUGCAGUCCUACCUCUGAGGAAGUAGCCGCCUACCUGGACAAGCACGACGAACUGCAUUUGAUGCGGGAUAGAUUUUGGAUGCCCAAAAUUGGCGAUCUUCCGCCCUCCGACCUCUCCCUUGUAGAUGGCUCCCAGGAAUGCAUUUACUUUGUGGGAAACUCACUCGGCCUUCAGCCCAAAAAAGCAAAGCAGUAUAUCGACGAAGAGCUGGAUAAAUGGGCAAAGACUGGAGUUCACGGCCAUGUCCAAGGAGAUCGACCGUGGGCUUGGGCUGAGAAUAACAUAGAAGAACUAAUGGCAACUGUUGUUGGUGCUAAAGCUGAGGAGGUGGCCUUGAUGAAUGGUUUGACAGUUAAUUUGCAUCUUCUAUUGCUCUCCUUCUACAAACCCACUGCAAAACGGCACAAAAUUCUAAUUGAGGACAAGGCUUUUCCCUCGGAUCAUUAUGCUGUGGAAUCUCAAAUCCAACUGCGAGGAUACGACCCUCAGCAGAGCAUGCUGCUUAUUGCUCCCAGACCGGGCGAGGAGACUCUGAGGACUGAGGACAUUCUAGACAGGAUAGAGAAGGAGGGGGAUUCCAUUGCGGUCGUCAUGUUCAGUGGAGUCCAGUAUUACACUGGGCAGCUCUUUGACAUGGCUUCCAUCACCAAGGCUGGUCAGAGCAAGGGCUGCUUGGUGGGCUUUGACUGUGCUCAUGCUGUUGGAAAUGCUGAGCUCAAGCUUCACAACUGGGGGGUGGACUUUGCCUGCUGGUGUUCCUAUAAGUAUGUGAAUUCUGGAGCAGGGGGAUUGGCAGGAUGUUUUAUCCACGAGAAGCACAAACAGACCAUCAAACCUGCGCUUUUAGGAUGGUGGGGACAUGACUUGAAAACACGAUUCCAGAUGAAUAAUGAAAUGGACCUUCUACCAGGGGUCAGUGGCUUCAGGCUAUCUAACCAACCUAUUUUACUAGUUUGCCCACUGCAAGCUAGUUUAGAGGUUUUUAACAUGACCAGUAUGAAAGCUCUGCGCAAAAAGUCUAUCCUGUUGACGGGUUACCUGGAGUACCUAAUCAAACAUUACUACGUCAGGGAUGAGACCAACCCUCACAAGCCCUACGUCCACAUCAUCACCCCAUCCAACCCAGAGGAGCGUGGCUGCCAGCUGUCCCUCUCCUUCUCUGUACCCAUCAGAGCUAUCUUCCAAGAACUGGAAAAACGUGGCGUUGCUUGUGACAUGAGGGAACCCAGUGUGCUGCGCGUGGCCCCGGUGCCACUCUACAACUCUUUCAGCGAUGUCCACCGCUUCAUCAGCGUUCUGGGAUCCUCCAUGGCAGCCAGCGAGGAGCAGCCGAGCUGAAGGGAGCAGUGUGUCAGGUUCACGGUGGAAGAAAACAUCGCCCACUUUCUAUCUCAAUUGUAACGUUGUGGCUUUAAAAACAAUAAAAGUCCAUGUUGUUGGUCUCUAAUUUAUGGACGUAUGAAUAACUUGGUUCUAAACUGUGGGGAUAACACUGACUGCUUUAUAAAAGAGGUAACUGUAAGUGCACUUUGUUAGAUUGCUCAUGCAGGUUUUUCCUUACAAUGUGAGGAUGCACAUUUUGUGUAAUCAGCACAUUUAUCAAAUUGUCAUCAUGAUAUUACGUUACA